AUCCUGUUAAGAAAAAGAAAAAACGUAAAGAUGGGUCAAGAUCCUCCGAUAAAAACGAAUCCAAAAAGAAGAAUAAAAAAGGUUCAUGUCAAAAAAGCCCAAAACACACCACACCAGAAGACAAGAAAGAACCAAUAUUUGAUGAACAAAUUUGGUCGAGGCGGAGGAGUGAAAGAAUUUUUUUGAAUGACACAAGUCCAAUAGCUUCAAGGGAUGUUAGUCCAUCAAACAAGAAGCAGUCUCAAUUAAACCAAACAGGUUCCGAGGUAGAUUCAACAAUAACGAACAUUUCUAAACAAGAAAUUAAAUUGGAAAUUGAGUUGCCUGGUGACAAGAUUGUCAGCGUUCUAGACGCUCUUACAACAGACCCUCUUACGAUGCGUAAGAAACUCGAACGAUUAUCAGGGAGUGGGGAAGAGACUACAAACAUCAAAACAAAACUUAAUACUAAAAAGAUCCCUACUAAAGUUAAAGAUAUUUAUUCAGAUAAUGACGCCAGUGAUAAGGACGUUGAUGAUAGUGAAAGUGAGGAUCUGCCAUUGAGUGUCUUACGGGAGAGACCAGCUUCUCCGGCUCAAAGAUCCUGUGCCAUUUUACCCGAAGAACUUUGUCACGGUUUGCGUGUUCUCAUCCCUAUUGACAAUUUAUUUUAUGCUGGUUAUGUUAGUCCAAUACAGCCACCAGAUGUUUAUGGUGUCAUUAUCGAUGGCCAACGUGGAAACAGACCUCAUGUAUUCUCACAGGAGCAGAUGUUGCAGCAGGCUAUUUUAGAUGUAAAGCCAAAGUCUGUACGAUACCUUCCAGAAGGCUCUAGAAUAUGUGCCUAUUGGAGUCAACAAUAUCGAUGUCUCUAUCCUGGAACAGUCGUCAAAGGAAGUCCAAAUCCAACUGUUGAUACGAAUUACGUAAGUGUUGAAUUUGACGAUGGCGACUCUGGAAGGAUUUUGAUUGACGACAUCAGGCUUUUACCACCAGACUAUCCGGUUCUGGAAAUUGAGCCGUCAACUGUUCUUCUUGAAAGAAGGAGGCGACGUAAGACAUCUAACAUGUCAACUAAUGGAGCAAGUUCCACUAGACCACAACAACAAUCAAGUCGAAAUGGUCAGUACGACAAUUAACUGCUAUUAAAAUAC